AUGGAUUCGCAGGAGGUACAGCUGAUACAGGCUGUUGAGAUAGCCUCCAAUGCGGCGUCCGUGGCAGACGCGAGCCUCGUGCCACAGGCGCUCGCUUACUUGGAGCAGCUGAAACAAAACACCCACGAAAGCUGGAGCACCGGCUGGGCGGUCUGGGUGGCCCGCGACGAGGGCAAUGCGCCCAAGUACGGGCACGCAGUGCGGCUCUUUGGGCUGAACUUGGUUGAUGACUUUUUGGACAAGCGCAUGCACGCCAUGGCGCAGCCUUCCGAGGCACUCGGGUUCCUGCAAGAGUCGGCGCUCAGUUACCUUCACAACGAGUUUGUCUCGGGGAACGGAGAACAGGGCGUGGUGUUUAUGAAGAACAAGCUCGCGCAGACGCUCGCGCUCCUCGUGCUGCAGACGUACAGCCUCACCAGCUCGUACUCGUUCCUGACCGCUUUGCUGUCGCUCUGUACGACGCAUCCGCCGAGCGAACAGGUGCCGGAGGGCACGCUGAACGUCAUGGCGACCGACCUCGUGCUGCGUGUCCUGCACGAUCUGUCGCUGAACCUCGGAUCGGACGUCACCUUGCGCUCGGUACGCACCAAGGAGCGCCUGCAGCGCGACGCCGUGGUCCGCGACGAAAUCCGCGCACACCACGCCGCGACCAUCGCCGAGCUUCUGUGGAAAGUGAUCCAGGACUCGCUCCAGGCGAUGGCGUCGGGCGUGCCACUCAGCGACGCGCCCCGUAUGCUGCACGCGGGCGCCGCGGGAAGUCUCGCUCAGGUCGCGAUGGCCGUCGUGGGCGACUAUGUGACGUGGAUCGAUAUCGGCCUGGUGAUUAACAUGGAUACGGUCACGAUCCUCUUCAAUGCGCUGCACUCGCAGCACCCUCAGCUGCGGUGCGUCACGGCGGAUACGCUGUGCGAGAUUGUGUCCAAGGGCAUGAAGCCAGCGGACAAGCUCUCGCUGAUCCAGGGCCUGAAGCUCGACGAGGUCAUUGCCUCGCUAGAGUCGUCGACGCGCGGCACGAGCGACGAUGCACAGACCGAGCUGCGAGAGCACCUCGCCAAGCUUGUCAAUGCGCUCUGCACCGAGCUCUGCAAGAUCUGCGAGGACAAUGCAGGGGCCGAGGGCGAGACGCGCGACGUGGCAAACGCCAAGCUCCUUGAUCUCUUGCAGCUCGUGCUCGCCUUUCUUCAGGACGAGUACGACGAGCCGACGGAGCAGGUCUUGCCGUGUAUCCACCUGGUGCUUUCGCUGUACAAAAAGACCAAGCGCCAAGGGGAGACGAUGGGUGUGGGCCUGAGCCCGGCACAGGGCGAGUUUAUCGCGCAGCUCAUUGCGCUCGUGCUGGGCAAGCUCAAGUUCGACCCCGAGAUGGACUGGGAGGACUCGUCGCUUGUCGGUGGCCCGGCGGACGCGGACGCAGACGAUGCGGAAGAGGACGACGAGCAUCUCAUCAAGUUCUACGAGCUGCGCAAGCAGCUCCAGAUGAUCCUCGGUGCGAUCGCUGCGAUUGACGAGCCGUUGGUCUCCAACACCAUCCACUCGCUUGUCUUUUCGACGCUGGCCAUGGGCGAGCAGCAGGAGCUGCCUUGGGAGCAGGCCGAGCUCUGCUUGUACGCGACCUACACCUGCGGCGAGGUGCUCACGUCGAUCCGCGGCAACAAGGUCGGUCUCGGCCCGCACUCGUUUGUCCAGCUUCCGGAAGAGAACGGCAAGACGCGCAACGUGCGCCAAUCGGUGUCGGUCUACCAGGCGCUGCCCGCGAACCAGCUCGGCGAGAUCAUGCAGCGCCUGUUCCGCUCCAACAUCUCCGAGCACCCCCACCCCGUCGUCCAGCUGCAGUACUUUGAGUGUAUCGUGCGCUACUCGUCGAGCUUCUUGCUCUGGCCCGAGUUUAUCCCGAGCGCUCUCUCGGCAUUCUUGGACGGCCGUGGACUGCGCAACGCGCGUGUCGGUAUGCGCCGCCGGAUCAACUACCUCUUUUACCGCUUCGUGCGGGAUACGCGUACGACGAUCCCCUCGGAGUUUGUCCCAAAGCUCCUGGAAGGCAUGCAGGAGGCCUUUUACAUCCAGGCCGUGCUGCCCGAUGUGACGCCGGAAGAGGACCCCCUCGCAAAGGCAACCGAAAAGGCCGGCGCGUUCGACAGCCAGCUGUAUCUCUUUGACACGGCUGGCCUGCUCAUUGCGCAGCUCGGCUCGACGCCCGAGACGCAGGUGAUGCUCUUCAAGGCGAUCACUGCGCCCCUCGCCGAGCAGCUGCAGCAGACCGUCCAAGCGUUCGGCGCCGACAGCAGCAACCUGCAGCUCGUGCUGCAGGUGCACCACCUGAUCCUGGCCCUGAGCACUCUCGCGAAAGGGUUCCCCGACUACGACGCGAACCGCUCGACGGAGCCGGCGUGGAUCCCCGAGUUCAAGCCGGUGACGGAGCAGAUUCUGCUCGCGCUCACGGCCCUGAACCAGUUUAUGAUCAUCCGCGAAGCGGCGCGUGGCGCGUUUGCACGCAUCGUCACCUCGGCAGGCCCCGCCGUGCUGCCGUACAUACCCACACUGAUCAAUGCACUGGUGAAUGAGGUGACCGAGUCAGAGCUCGUCGACCUCCUCAACUUCUUUGGGCUGAUCACCCACAAAUACAAGAAGGACGUGCGCAACGUGAUGGACGAUCUGUUCAUUGUACUCGUCAACCGCAUCUUUUCGUUCCUGAACCAAGGCGUACAGGGCACAGACGACCUAGUGCGUCGCUCGGACAUGGAACGCGCCUACUUUGGUCUGGUCAAUGCACUGCUUUCCGCGGGCCUCGACGGCGUGCUCGUCUCGGAAAAGAACCAGCAGCAGCUCCAGUCGGUGCUGCAGAGCCUUGUGUUCUACGCUGAGAAUGGCGAGCCGCUCACGCAGCGCACUGCGAUCGGCGUGCUGAUUCGUCUCGUGUCCCUCUGGGGCACGCGCCAAGCCAAUGACGCUGCCGCGGUCCUGCCGGGCUUUGAGCAGUUCAUGUAUGACGCCAUGCUUCCGCUCGUGUUCCAGGUCCCAUGCAAGCCCUCGUUUGAUACCAGCGACGCCCAGUCGCAGCUGGUGCUCUCCGAGCUCAGCUCGCUGCUCAAGGCGAUCUACCAGGCGCGGGGAGACGAAUUCAUUCAGUACCUCACGGGUGCCUACCUGCCGAGCGUCCAGUGCCCGUCGGACAUGGGAAUGGAGCUCGCCCAAAAUAUCCAGACGCUCGAAGCGAAGGCGCUCAAGCGCUACCUCGAGUCGUUUAUUGCCAAGUCGCGUGGCGCUUAA